AGCUGUCCGCACCCCCGGUGCUGAACCAAGAUGGCCGGCGGCACAGGCCGGGCCCCGGCGUGAGAUGAGCGCGGGCUGCAGCCCCGGCCAUGCCCUAGCCCAGUGGCCGCUAAGCUCUACCUAACACAGCCGGCCCGCCGGCGACCUCGGAGACAUGUCUCUACUUUGCGUUGGAGUCAAAAAAGCCAAGUUUGAUGGUGCUCAAGAGAAAUUCAACACGUACGUGACCCUGAAGGUGCAGAAUGUCAAGAGCACGACCAUCGCUGUGCGGGGCAGCCAACCCAGCUGGGAGCAGGAUUUCAUGUUCGAGAUUAACCGCCUGGAUUUGGGGCUGACAGUGGAGGUGUGGAACAAGGGUCUCAUCUGGGACACCAUGGUGGGCACCGUGUGGAUUCCCCUGCGGACCAUCCGCCAGUCCAACGAAGAGGGCCCCGGAGAGUGGCUGACACUGGACUCUCAGGUCAUCAUGGCGGACAGUGAGAUCUGCGGCACCAAGGACCCCACGUUCCACCGCAUCCUCCUUGACACCCGCUUCGAGCUGCCUUUAGACAUCCCCGAGGAGGAGGCGCGCUACUGGGCCAAGAAGCUGGAGCAGCUUAAUGCCAUGCGGGACCAGGAUGAGUAUUCAUUCCAAGAUGAACAAGACAAGCCUCUCCCUGUCCCCAGCAACCAGUGUUGCAACUGGAAUUAUUUUGGCUGGGGUGAGCAGCAGAAUGAUGACCCUGACAGUGCAGUGGACGAUCGUGACAGCGACUAUCGCAGCGAGACAAGCAACAGCAUCCCACCACCUUAUUACACUACAUCCCAGCCCAAUGCCUCAGUCCACCAGUAUUCCGUCCGUCCACCACCCCUGGGUUCCCGGGAAUCCUACAGUGACUCCAUGCACAGUUAUGAGGAGUUCUCCGAGCCACGGGCCCUCAGCCCCACCGGCAGUAGCCGCUAUGCCUCUUCGGGCGAACUGAGCCAGGGCAGCUCGCAGCUGAGCGAGGACUUCGACCCGGACGAGCAGAGUCUACAGGGCUCCGAGAUGGAGGACGAACGGGACCGGGACUCCUACCACUCCUGCCAUAGCUCGGUCAGCUACCACAAGGACUCCCCACGCUGGGACCAGGAUGAGGAGGAGCUGGACGAAGAACUAGAUGAGGAGCUGGAUGAGGACCUGGAGGACUUCCUAGAGGAGGAGGAGGAGCUGCCUGAGGAGGAGGAGGAGCUGGAGGAGGAGGAGGAAGUGCCUGAUGACAUUGGCAGCUAUACCCAGCGGGAAGAGGUGGCAGUGGCUGAGCCCAAAGACUUUAAGCGUGUCAGCCUCCCACCGGCCGCGUCGGAGAAGGAGGAGAAGGCUCCAGCUGUACCUGCUGAGGCCCACGACGUGGCCAAGGCAGCCUCUGAGCCAGCCGCCCCGGAGGAGGUGCCCACAGCUGAGCGGGCACCUGAGCCCGAACCCCCCAAGUCUGAGGAGAGUUUCAGGCGACAAGAGGAUGAGGAAGGCCAGGAGGGUCAGGACUCCAUGUCCCGGGCCAAGGCCAACUGGCUUCGAGCCUUCAACAAAGUGCGGCUGCAGCUGCAGGAGGCCCGAGGAGAGGGAGAGAUGUCUAAAUCUCUAUGGUUCAAAGGCGGCCCAGGAGGUGGCCUCAUCAUCAUUGACAGCAUGCCAGACAUCCGCAAGAGGAAGCCCAUUCCACUCGUGAGCGACCUGGCCAUGUCCCUGGUCCAGUCCAGAAAAGCAGGCAUCACCUCGGCCUUGGCCUCCAGCACUUUGAACAACGAGGAGUUGAAAAACCACGUUUACAAGAAGACCCUGCAAGCCUUAAUCUAUCCCAUCUCCUGCACGACGCCGCACAACUUCGAGGUGUGGACGGCCACCACGCCCACCUACUGCUACGAGUGCGAGGGGCUGCUGUGGGGCAUCGCAAGGCAGGGCAUGCGCUGCACCGAGUGCGGUGUCAAGUGCCACGAGAAGUGCCAGGACCUGCUCAAUGCAGACUGCCUGCAGCGGGCCGCGGAGAAGAGCUCCAAGCACGGGGCAGAGGACCGGACGCAGAACAUCAUCAUGGUGCUCAAGGACCGCAUGAAGAUUCGGGAGCGCAACAAACCCGAGAUCUUCGAGCUCAUCCAGGAGAUCUUCGCCGUGACCAAGACCGCGCAUACGCAGCAGAUGAAGGCGGUCAAGCAGAGCGUGCUGGACGGCACAUCCAAGUGGUCGGCCAAGAUCAGCAUCACUGUGGUCUGUGCCCAGGGCUUGCAGGCAAAGGACAAGACGGGAUCCAGUGACCCCUAUGUCACUGUCCAGGUUGGGAAGACCAAGAAACGGACAAAAACCAUCUAUGGCAACCUGAAUCCUGUGUGGGAGGAAAAUUUCCACUUUGAAUGUCACAACUCCUCAGACCGAAUCAAAGUGCGUGUCUGGGAUGAGGAUGAUGACAUCAAAUCCCGUGUGAAGCAGCGGUUUAAGAGGGAAUCUGAUGACUUCCUGGGACAGACGAUCAUCGAGGUGCGGACACUCAGCGGCGAGAUGGACGUGUGGUACAACCUGGACAAGCGGACUGACAAAUCUGCUGUAUCGGGUGCCAUCCGGCUGCACAUCAGUGUGGAGAUCAAAGGCGAGGAAAAGGUGGCCCCGUACCAUGUCCAGUACACUUGUCUGCAUGAGAACCUGUUCCACUUCGUGACAGACGUGCAGAACAAUGGGGUUGUGAAGAUCCCAGAUGCCAAGGGUGAUGACGCCUGGAAGGUUUACUAUGAUGAGACAGCCCAGGAGAUUGUGGAUGAAUUUGCCAUGCGCUAUGGUGUGGAGUCCAUCUACCAAGCCAUGACCCACUUUGCCUGCCUCUCCUCCAAGUACAUGUGUCCUGGGGUGCCUGCCGUCAUGAGCACCCUGCUCGCCAACAUCAAUGCCUACUACGCGCACACCACCGCCUCCACCAAUGUAUCCGCCUCUGACCGCUUUGCUGCCUCCAACUUCGGGAAAGAGCGCUUUGUCAAACUCCUGGACCAGCUGCACAACUCCCUGCGGAUCGACCUCUCCAUGUAUCGGAAUAACUUCCCAGCCAGCAGCCCAGAGAGACUCCAGGACCUCAAAUCCACUGUGGACCUUCUCACCAGCAUCACCUUCUUUCGGAUGAAGGUGCAAGAACUCCAGAGCCCACCCCGAGCCAGCCAGGUGGUGAAAGACUGUGUGAAAGCCUGCCUCAACUCUACUUAUGAGUACAUCUUCAACAACUGUCAUGAACUCUAUAGUCGGGAGUACCAGACAGACCCGGCCAAGAAGGGAGAAGUUCCCCCAGAGGAACAGGGACCCAGCAUCAAGAACCUUGACUUCUGGUCCAAGCUGAUUACUCUCAUAGUGUCCAUCAUUGAGGAAGACAAGAAUUCCUACACUCCCUGCCUCAACCAGUUUCCCCAGGAAUUGAAUGUGGGUAAAAUCAGUGCCGAAGUGAUGUGGAACCUGUUUGCACAGGACAUGAAGUAUGCCAUGGAGGAGCAUGACAAACAUCGCCUAUGCAAGAGUGCUGACUACAUGAACCUACACUUCAAGGUCAAGUGGCUGUACAAUGAGUAUGUGGCAGAGCUUCCUGCCUUCAAGGACCGCGUGCCUGAGUACCCUGCGUGGUUUGAGCCCUUUGUCAUACAGUGGUUGGAUGAGAAUGAGGAGGUGUCCCGGGACUUCCUGCACGGGGCCCUGGAACGAGACAAGAAGGAUGGGUUCCAGCAGACCUCAGAGCAUGCCCUAUUCUCCUGCUCUGUGGUGGACGUCUUCUCCCAGCUCAACCAGAGCUUUGAGAUCAUCAAGAAACUCGAGUGCCCUGACCCCCAGAUCGUGGGGCACUAUAUGAGGCGCUUUGCCAAGACCAUCAGUAAUGUGCUCCUCCAGUAUGCGGACAUCAUCUCCAAGGACUUCGCCUCCUACUGCUCCAAGGAGAAGGAGAAAGUGCCCUGCAUCCUCAUGAACAAUACUCAGCAGCUCCGCGUGCAGCUAGAGAAGAUGUUCGAAGCCAUGGGAGGGAAGGAGCUUGAUGCUGAGGCCAGUGACAUCUUGAAGGAGCUCCAGGUGAAACUCAACAAUGUCUUGGAUGAGCUCAGCCGGGUCUUUGCUACCAGCUUCCAGCCACACAUUGAGGAAUGUGUCAAGCAGAUGGGCGACAUCCUCAGCCAGGUGAAGGGCACGGGCAAUGUGCCAGCCAGUGCCUGCAGCAGCGUGGCCCAGGAUGCUGACAAUGUGCUACAACCCAUUAUGGACCUGCUGGACAGCAACCUGACUCUCUUUGCCAAAAUCUGUGAGAAGACGGUGCUGAAAAGGGUGCUAAAGGAGUUAUGGAAGCUGGUCAUGAACACCAUGGAGAAGACGAUCGUCCUGCCGCCCCUCACUGACCAGACGAUGAUCGGCACCCUCUUGAGAAAACAUGGCAAGGGAUUAGAAAAGGGCAGGGUGAAAUUGCCAAGCCACUCAGAUGGAACCCAGAUGAUCUUCAAUGCAGCCAAAGAGCUGGGUCAGCUGUCUAAACUCAAGGACCACAUGGUACGAGAAGAAGCCAAGAGCUUGACCCCGAAGCAGUGUGCAGUAGUUGAACUGGCCCUGGACACCAUCAAGCAAUACUUCCACGCGGGUGGCGUGGGCCUCAAGAAGACCUUCCUGGAGAAGAGCCCAGACCUGCAGUCCCUGCGCUACGCCCUGUCCCUCUACACCCAGGCCACGGACCUGCUCAUCAAGACCUUCGUGCAAACACAAGCGGCCCAGGUCCAUGGUGGAAAAGGGACUAGGUUUACCCUUAGUGAAGACAUUUAUCCUGAGAAGGGCUCGGGUGUGGAAGACCCUGUGGGUGAAGUUUCAGUCCACGUUGAGCUCUUCACUCAUCCAGGAACUGGGGAACACAAGGUCACUGUGAAAGUCGUGGCUGCCAAUGACCUCAAGUGGCAGACUUCUGGCAUUUUCCGGCCAUUCAUUGAGGUCAACAUCAUCGGGCCCCAGCUCAGCGACAAGAAACGCAAGUUUGCAACCAAAUCCAAGAACAACAGCUGGGCCCCCAAGUACAACGAGAGCUUCCAGUUCACGCUGAGCGCCGACGUGGGCCCGGAGUGCUACGAGCUGCAGGUGUGCGUCAAGGAUUACUGCUUCGCGCGCGAGGACCGCACGGUGGGGCUGGCCGUACUGCAGCUGCGAGAGCUGGCCCAGCGCGGGAGUGCCGCCUGCUGGCUGCCACUGGGCCGCCGCAUCCAUAUGGACGACACGGGCCUCACGGUGCUGCGCAUCCUGUCACAGCGCAGCAACGACGAGGUCGCCAAGGAGUUCGUCAAGCUCAAGUCGGACACGCGCUCCGCCGAGGAGGGCGGUGCCGCGCCUGCGCCCUAGUGCGGGGCACGCGGGCGGGCAGCACUGCGCCUGCGCACGGGGCGGGGCGGCGUCUGCGCGCUGGGACCUCCCGGAGGGCGAGUCUUCGGGCUCUGUGCAGAGGGCUGGCUGCGCCUGCGCCCUUGACUUAGCGCGCCCCUCUAGGGAAUUGUGAACGGAUGACGCCCCGCCCCCUCAAGAGGCCACGCCCUAGGGCGCUAUGAAGGAAGAAGCCACAUCCCCUACAAGAAGCCAAGUCCCCAGCGCCUAGGGGAUCUUUGGAGCUGGGAUGGGAGGAAGUCUCGCCCCCUAUGGAGGAGGCCAGAUCCUGGGGCUCUGGUACGGGAAGGCCCUGCCUCCUGUCCCCUGGAAAAGCCAUAAGAUGGGUCCCCAAGACCUGGGGCCCAAGACCAAUUGCCAAGUAUGGAACUCUCAGCUCCCUCAAGGGGCGGGCCCUGGGCGAGGGGCAGGGCUUCCUGGAGCGCCCCCUGGGGUGGCCUCGGGGUUGGAGGCACUAGGAUGCUCGUUGGAGGGCCCAGGUUGGACCAGAGUGUCAUUUCGUUUUGUGCAAAAAAUACACGGGGAAGGAGGGGAGGAUGGGAUUUCAAAAGCACAUGCGUCCUCGGGCGCCCAAACCCUGGAGGCCGAGUGGACGGCUCUGAAGCACCCGCGCUGCCCCCACUUCCCUGUGGGGGUUUGCCUCUCCUUUUCCCCUAACAUAUCCCAUUCUCAUAUCAUAGAGUUCAACCCACCCAUUUAAGAGAUGGCAAAACUGAGGCCUAGAGAGCUGCUUGAGACUUUGCUGAAGAUCCCAGUGCCAUGAGAUUUUGCUGAAGAUCCCAGUGCCACACCCUCUCCCUACUACUUACUCCCUUUGGCCUGUGUGCCCCAUCUAAGGGUGGGCUGACAUCGGAUGACCCGACACAGCUCCCCAUUGCUGCUAACCCCUCUUCAGGGGACCUCCCCCAAUCCUUAUAAGGGAUGGGGGUUCUGGGCCAACACCCCCACUUCCCCCGUCCCAUGUCUGGCUGCCCAGCAAAACCCCUGCCCUUGACCCUUUCCACUGGGACCCUAUGGGGAGAUUCUGUGAGAACUCUAGCUCUCCCACCAAAAAAAGAGGAUUUGGGAUUCCCUGGACCCAGGCACCCCCUGAGCCCCUUUUUCCUCUCCCAGAAUUCUCCAGGCAGGCAAGAAAGAGACCAGGAACUCCAGGGCUGUGUGUGUGUUUGUGUGUGUGUGUGUAAAUAUAUAAACAUACUUGGAGCUUAGUCUCCAAAAUCUUAUUCAUUCAUUCAAACAUCGUGCCACAGGAUACCUCCAAGUGGGACCUCUACCCGCCUAAAGAUUUUCCUCUAGGAGGCAAUAGUGGGGCAAUCUGGCCAGAGUCAAGUUUCCCCAUUGUAGUUCAUAAAGGCAGAACAUUUGGGGAAAGUUUGUCCUGGCCUGUCUUUGCCCGCAAUCUGCUUUUCCAUGUUGGAUGGGUGCUUGUGUGCCCUUUUUUUUUUUUUUUUUUCUGCCAGACUGACAAGUACAAGAUUCUCUUGUACUAGGAAAAAAUUAAAACAGGGGCAAGGUGAGGAGUAGCUGGACUCCUGGAGUGAUGGGGCCUGUGUCAGACAGGAAAGGGAGGGCUUUCAGAGGAGGUGAAAAAGGAGAAGGAACCACCCAUUAGAGAGACAAAGCUCCAGGUGGAGGGAACAGUAGGUGCAAAGGCUGAGGUGGGCAGGCUUGAAGCACAGCGAGGUCAAUGUGGCUGACAAGGGGGACAAGGAGGAGGUGUUGAUGUCUGGGAGCCCUGUGGAGAUGUCAGACCAGGCAGGGCCUUGUGUGCUGCCCUGGGAGUUUUUAUUUUAUGCUAAGAGACUUGGGGAACACCAGGAGAUUUAAAAGCUCAGGAGAGUCUGGAAGUCAGGUUUCAAAAGCUCCCUCUGGCCACCUCAUGAAGAAUGGACCAAUGCAGUUUGGGGGAGAGGCAAAGUGCUUUGGGAACACUGAAACUAAUACCUGAGAAGGUUUUUGAAGGAUACAUUAAAAAGAAAAAACAAACUCACCCCUUAGAUAAACCCCAGUCCACUAGGUACAGUUGUCCACAUUGUGCACUGCCCAAGGGUUUGGCAUUUCUAAGGAGGCCAUGUGCAGACCUUAGGCAUUGAGAGUUGUAUGUUUAUAUUGAUGAUUUCCUGGUAUGUGAACAAGUCUGGAAGAAAUGGCACUACUUUCUCAGAGAAGUUACCUGGAGGUGUUCUUUGUCCCCUGAUUUUAGGCAGAUUCAGGUGCCAGAAGGUUCUA